AUGGAUGACGUCUUCUCCCUCCCCGAAGUCGCCAGAACUGAUUUUCUCCGCUCCUUAGUUCAUUCUUUUGGCUGCGCUUACAUUUGUUUGUGGCGAUAUGAUUCCAAUUUAUCCAAUCUUUUGUUCUUCUUGGAUGGUUUCUACAACGUAAUAAACAACCAACCAAGCUCAUCUUUGGAGAGUAGUGUAUCUGAAAGGCUUUUUAACCAAUAUCAGCGUUUAACCUUUGAUGUCAAUGAUGACUGUGUUCCUGGACUAGCUUUCAGGAACCGCCUUCCCUAUCUGGAGCUGCAACAAUUGGAUCUUCUAAGACUUGUAUCGACAGAAACACAGACACAAUUCUUUCAGGAAGCAAGGAUUAAGACUGCUGUUUUUAUGGGGUGCAACAAAGGGGAAAUUGAGCUUGGGUUCUCGAAUAUAUCUCCAGCUGACAUUAAGACAGCACUUGGGAGUUUAUUUCCAAAAGAUAUCUCCAUACAUUCCCAAUCGAUGGAUCAGAAUCCACCUUCAUCAUCUUCAUCUUCUUUCAUAUCAUUAUCCACAGGUAGCCCAGAGUACUCAUCCCUGUUGUUCAGUAUUCCGGGCACUACUUCCCUGUCCCAUUUUCCUGAAACCCUUGGUGUGGUUCCCACAAUGCAACCUACUGUGCCAGCCUCACAAACUAGCCCACACCAACAAGCCAUUCCAAGUCUUUUCCCCACACUAGAGGGUGAACAUGAUGCAAUAAUAAGAGCAAUGCUUCAUGUUAUAUCUUCACCACCUUCUUCAACUUCUCAUCAGCAUCAACCCCAGCAAAAUUUGCCUUAUACUUCAGUGAUACAUCCAGAAGCUACUGCUUUCAAGAGAUAUAGACCAAACAUAACAUCUCAAUUGGGAUUGAUCAGUUUUCGGAGGCAAAGCCUGUUGAAUAGAUCAUUUGCAUUCUUUAGAAGAUUAAAUUUAACGAGAAUGAGAGAACUCGUUCAAGCAACACAUACCACUAGUGCACAGCUGCAUCAUAUGAUAUCAGAGCGAAGAAGGCGUGAAAAACUCAAUGAGAAUUUUCAGACACUUAGAACACUGCUUCCUCCAGGAACUAAGAAAGACAAAGCUUCAAUCCUUACAACAGCGAAGGAGACACUGAGCUCUUUGAUGGCUGAAAUUGAAAGGCUUAGCUCAAGAAAUCAGCAGUUGAUAACACUUUUGUCAGCCAAAGAAAGUACUAUUAAUGAAGAAAGCAAAGGUAGCUCCUCAAAUGAAAGAUUGCAUGUUCGGGUUUCACAUGUAUUGGAAUCUAGCUCAUCAGAAGAGCAAAUGGUGGACUUGCAAGUGAUUGUGAGAGGAGAAAGUUCUCAAGUUGAUAUAUUGAUUCGCUUAUUAGAAUUCUUAAAGCGGGUUCAGAACGUGAGCUUGAUUUCCACGGACGUAAACACUCAUACUACAGAAGAGACAGCCAUUAAUCAAUUAACCUUCCGGCUAAGGAUUAUUGAGGGAAGUGAAUGGGACGAGUCUGCCUUCCAGGAAGCAGUUAGAAGAGUUGUUGCUGACCUGAUACAAUGGCAACUGGACCAAUAG